AACCUUCCUUUUUAGUGAAGUCAAGUACCUACUCUUGAUUUAAAGGCUUGUCGCUUAAAUGUUGCAAUUUCACUACCUAGCCUUCCUUUGCCAAUGGCCAUUUAUUUAGAAUAAUGGAAUUACAUGGCAGUUUUAUGAGCAUACAUUUGUACGGUCUUCCUAUGUUAUUAGCACAUUUGUCGUCCUAGUCUCCUAUGUUGGUAAAAGUGGGCCGCUCUCUUUUCUCCAUGCCAGUUCUGGAGUUUGCCCUGCUGACCACAUGAGUAUGUUAAACAUUAGCUAUCACCACUCACCCCUCUGGCUUCACUAUUGAACAGGUAUAGACUGAGACAUUACUGCAGCUGAGGGUAAAGAAGGAGAGCGGGAGAGGGUGAAUAAGAGACCACUAAAACGAGGACGAGGGAGAGAGGAGAAGACAGGGAUUUUCUCUCUGACCUUGGGGUAUUUCACUGGAGACUGUCUGUAUUUUCUAAUUGAGGAAAUGGGUCCACAGACCCCUCUCUGAGUCGCUCAGUGAUGGAGACAAUGGCUGUGAGCACCUCAGUGGUCGUGCCGGAUGAGUUCAACCGCAACAUGCCGCGCAUCUGUGGCGUCUGCGGCGACAAGGCCACCGGCUUCCACUUCAACGCCAUGACCUGCGAGGGCUGCAAGGGCUUCUUCAGACGCAGCAUGAAGCGUAAGGCCAGUUUCACCUGCCCCUUCAACGGCAGCUGCUCCAUCACCAAGGACAACCGGCGCCACUGCCAGGCCUGCCGGCUCAAAUGCUGCGUGGACAUGGGUAUGAUGAAGGAGUUCAUCCUGACAGAUGAGGAGGUGCAGAGGAAGAAAGAUCUGAUCCAGAAGAGGAAGGAGGAGGAGGCGGCGCGGGAGGCCCUGAGACCAAGGCUGAAUGAUGAGCAGAGCCAGGUCAUCGCAUCAUUGGUAGAGGCUCACCACAAGACCUACGAUGACUCCUACUCCGACUUCUCUCGCUUCAGGCCCCCGGUGCGAGACGGGCCAGUAACACGCAGUGCCAGUCGUGCAGCCUCCCUUCACUCGCUGUCAGAUGCCUCCUCAGACUCCUUCAACCACUCACCAGAGUCGGUGGACACCAAGCUGAUGAAAUUCAGCAGUCUGUUGAUGAUGUACCAGGACAGUGCAGGCAGCCCGGACUCCAGUGAGGACGAUGGCUCCAAGCUCUCCAUGUUACCCCACCUGGCUGACCUGGUCAGUUACAGCAUCCAGAAGGUCAUUGGCUUCGCUAAAAUGAUCCCUGGCUUCAGAGGGCUGACUGCUGAGGACCAGAUCGCCCUGCUCAAGUCAAGUGCCAUCGAGAUCAUUAUGCUACGCUCCAACCAGUCUUUCAACAUAGAGGAUAUGUCCUGGUGCUGUGGUGGUAGCCCUGACUUCAAGUACUGCAUCACCGACGUCACCAAGGCGGGACACACUCUGGAACUGUUGGAGCCGCUAGUGAAGUUCCAGGUGGGCCUGAAGAAACUCCAGCUCCAUGAGGAGGAACACGUGCUGCUCAUGGCCAUCUGCCUGCUGUCUCCAGAUCGUCCAGGGGUGCAGGACCACGCUAAGAUCGAGGAUCUCCAGGACAGUCUGUCGGAGGUGCUCCAGGCCUACAUCAGGGUGAACCACCCGGGAGGACGGCUGCUCUACGCCAGAAUGAUCCAGAAGCUGGCCGACCUGCGCAGCCUCAACGAGGAGCACUCCAAACAGUACCGCUCGCUGUCCUUCCAGCCCGAGCACAGCAUGCAGCUCACCCCGCUGGUGCUGGAGGUAUUUGGGAGCGAGGUGUCCUAGCAGCCAUGCCGACCCCCACCACCACACCUCUGGUUGGAAGAUAUGGACAGACAAUCCCUCCCGUGAGGACCCCCGGGAGUUAAUUUGCUGAGUUGCUGGAUAGAGGGCUCAGCGAUGGGGGUGAUGAAAAGGUCUCUGAGGGGGAAUAGCGGAAUGGACCGGAAAGUCACACUGUCACAGAAAAUGUUUUGGGGGGGUUAAUCAGGGUAUUAUGGGUUAAUAGAGGAGGAAGGGGCUUCGAUAAGGUUGUAAUUUCCCGUUCAUAAGAAAAAGGGAAUUUCAAACAGAAUGUAUUUAUAACUAAACUAUAAAUAUACAGUACCAGUCAAAAGUUCGGAUACACCUAUUCAUUCAAGGGUUUUUCUUUAUUUUUACUAUUUUCUACAUUAUAAAACAAUAGUGAAUUCAUCAAAACCAUGAAAUAACACAAAUGGAAUCAUGUACUAACCAAAAUAAUGUUAAACAAAUAAAAAAUCUUUUAUUCUUAAAAUUUUAUUCUUCAGAUUCUUCCAAGUAUUCGGGUGACCCUUUGCCUUGAUGACAGCUUUGCACACUCUUGGCAUUCUCUCAACCAGCGUCACCUGGAAUACUUUUCCAGCAGUCUUGAAAGAGUUCCCACAUAUGCUGAGCACUUGUUGGCUGCUUUUCCUUCACUCUGUGGUUCAAGUCAUCCCUAACCAUCUCAAUUGGUUUGAGGUCGGGUGAUUGGGGAGGCCAGGUCAUCUGAUCCAGCAUUCAUUAUUCUCCUUGUUCAAAUAGUCCUUACACAGCCUGGAGGUGUGUUGGGUCAUUGUCCUGUUGAAAAACAAAUGAUAGUCCUAUUAAGUGCAAACCAGAUGGGAUGGUGUAUCGCUGCAGAAUGCUGUGGUAGCCAUGCUGGUUAAGUGUGUCUUGAAUUCUAAAUAAAUUAUGACAGUGUCACCAGCAAAAGACCCCCACUCUAUCACACUUCCUCCAUGCUUCACGGUGGGAACUACACAUGCGGAGAUCAUCCGUUCACCUACUCUGCGUCUCACAAAGACACGGCGGGUUGGAACCAAAAAUCUCAAAAUGUGGACUCAUCAGAUCAAAGGACUGAUUUCCACCGGUCUAUGUCCUUUGCUCAUGUUUCUUGGCCCAAGCAAGUCUCUUCUUCUUUUAGGUGUCCUUCAGUAGUGGUUUCUUCGCAGAAAUUCUACCAUGAAGGCCUGAUUAACACAGUCUCCUCUGAACAGUUGAUGUUGAGAUGUGUCUUACUUGAACUCUGUGAAGAAUUUAUUUGGGAUGCAAAUUUAAGGUACAGUUAACUCUUAUGAACUUAUCCUCUGCAGCAGAGGUAACUCUGGAUCUUCCUUUCUUGUGGCGGUUCUCAUGAGAGACAGUUUCAUCAUAGCGCUUGAUGGUUUUUGCGACUGUGCUUGAAGAAACUUUAAAAGUUUUUAAUAUUUUGGAUUGACUGACCUUCAUGUCUUACAGUAAUGAUGGACUAUUGUUUCUCUUUGUUAUUUGAGCUUUUCUUGCCAUAAUAUGGACUUGGCCCUAUUUGGUAAAAGACCAUCUUCUGAACCACCCCUACCUUGUCACAACACAGCUGAUUGGCUUAAACGCAUUAAGAAGGAAAGGAAUUUCACAAAUGUACUUUUAACAAGGCACACCUGUUAAUUGAAAUGCAUUUCAGGUGACUAACUCAUGAAACUGGUUGAGAGAAUGCCAAGAGUGUGCAAAGCUGUCAAGGCAAAGGUUGGCCACUUUGAAGAAUCUCAAAUACAAUUGUUUUAUUUUUUUUAUACACUUUUUUGGUUUCUACAUGAUUCCAUAUGUGUUAUUUCAUAGUUUUGAUGUCUUCAAUAUUAUUCUACAAUGUAGAAAAUAGUAAAACAAAAACAUUUGAAUGAGUAGGUGUGUUCAAACCUUUGACUCGUACUGCGUAUACAUACAUGCAAGCUAAUAUCUAUAUUUAAGGUUGUUUCUACUAAAACAAAUGGAUGAGUAGUCCUCUGUAUAUAUGUAGGCCCCAAUUUGUGUGCAUAUGAAUGUGUGUAUGUAUCGACGUAGGGUGUUUCAAUUGCACGCACACACAAAUACACCCUGAGUAGAGUGCAAGGGGCCUUUUUUAUUUUAUUUUUGUUUCUGUAUGAGAAUAGUGAAUGACCACAAAAGGGUGUUGAGUACUGGCUGUGACGAAGUGUUUAGUAGUGGGACUGACAUCUGUUUAAGGCUCCAUUAAUGUAUUGUGGAAAGUGUCGGCUACACACAGGAUAUAUGUGGAUCAUUUGGUAACAAUUUGGUUCUGUUGCCCCCUUUCAAACUUCAAAAUAUACACAUUUAGCAUUUAAAACCUCUUUCCUUCAUAAGAGUAAAGAGACGCAUGUUUUAUUAUUAUUGGUUAACUAGCUAAAAUAAGAUGGCUAAACUAACCUGGUAAGGUGACAAACUGCCCUGCCUCAGGGAGAAGUUAGCCUGAUAUUGUUAAUUGUACAAUAUACAUUUUGAGUAGUACGUACGCAAGCUUACAAUCAAGAGGGGGAGUCAUCGCUGGUCAAACUUGUUUGUAAUGAUGUAAUAAUUACUGUAGUAACUACUAAAACCUUUUAAUCAAAUCUGCAGAUGCCCUUCAUGCCUGAUCAAAUUCUAUUCAUGGUACAAUACAAUUACAAUGUCACCCCCACCAGUUUCUGUUGGAGAGGCAUGUUAUGGCCUUAGUGGGUUGAAGGUUAAGCACAUCACGAGUGCGUUUCCGCUCACGCCGUCUGCAGGUCUUGGUCACCCUCUUGUGGUCAUUGUCUGUAAAUACCACUUGUUAUUUCUGUACAUAAUAAGGAAAGAAAUAGGCAAAUACUAAGAAUUAAAUUGUUGGGAAGAAUGCUCUGGUGAUAUAUGCAAAUAUGAGAUGUGCUAUUUUCUUAUGUUGUUCCUCUAUUGAGGUCUUGAUGAGCUUUGACAGCUAUAUAUAUAUAUAUACUUUUUUGGGGGUGUGCAAACUCAUUGGUUUUAUUGGAUUUGAGAUUGUGUUUCCUGACAUCAGCGUUCAUGCCGCUGCACCAACAUCUUUUCACAUACUGAAGAGACAUUCUGACUCAACCUGCUGCUCUGUGAAGCUGCUCUGUAAAGCUACCAUACCGUUAGAACCAGGAAAAAGACAACACAAUCUUGUUCAUGCUCUUUACUACUAACACUGCCUCAACUCAAACGGACAAAGGAUAAAGGCCAAUCAGUCGCCGUCGUGGCGGACAUGCCUCUCUCUCCAACACGCCGGCCAGCCGGGCAGAACUCUUCAUAGCUUUAAUGCGACGGCAUCCAUUCAGGACCAACUCAACAGCUGUAGUGCAUCAAGAGCUGAUGGGACUGAAUUUGUGAGCAGCGGCUUUGGAUAUGUCACACCGAUGGAAGGUGUGACGUCUCUUACCUGGGAAGUGAUUAACACUGAACUGAUCCAGUGAUGAGAGUUUGGGGAGGUAGGCUCAGGUGUGAAUAAAGGAGUGACUGUAUAGAAGUGUAUAGAAAGUAAGAAUCACGGAAGUGCAGUGUACAGAGCUCCCGAGCCAAAGUCUGAUAUUUUCUCCCAUUGCAGCAGAUGUCCAGACCCCACUGUGUGUAGACCAGGUGUUGUGGAGAAAGCAUACUCUUUUGUUGUUGCAUUCUAUCACAUAUACAUAAAUCCAUUUAAAGGAAUGCAGGAAAGAUCGGGUCAGGGGUUCUGUUGGGAGGAAGUCCUCCAAGAGCUCACUCUGCCUGCUGCCAAGCUGGCUCAGAAAGACUGGCCCAAAAACUGCACCCCUCUCCCAAUGCAGGUCAGCAACUCCACCUCAGAAGCCUUACAAAACCCUGUUAAACAUUUAACAGAUACCUCAAUGAAACUGAACACUUUCAUAAUAGAAUAGAAGGGAACCAAACAUGUGACACACACCAUGACGUUUCUUCAGCAACUUCUGCAGUGUUCUGUUUUUUUAUCAAUCAAAAAGUUGCCAGGUUCUUUUGAAGAAAAACUGCCUCGAGGGCUGUGUUGCAGGCCAUGUAUAGGGAUCCAUUGUCUGUUUUUCUAAUCGCAGCGCGAUAAUCAUGUGUAAAAGAGGCAGGCGAUAUAAACAACGGUCCACAAUGUAAACAAAGAGUCAGUGAAUCUAAAUCCAUGGUUCCCGCUGCCACUGUCAAAAGUCCAGUCCUAAUCAAUAUUUUUGAGGAAUAAGCGAGGCCGAGGAAUGACUCCGUAAUGAUAUGUAUGUCAUGUAGUCACCAUGGCUGAGUUCAGGCAGGGCUUCUGUGAUCAGUACCUUAGGUUUACUAUGACGUCACCUGGAUUGGCUAAAAUAAUACAUGAAGGUAAUACAUUUUCUUCUUUCAAUGUAUUGUUAAGAUCAGUCGAUUAUUGCAGACAGGUUCCUGAUGAGGCACUGAUCACAGUGGCCCUGCCUAUAUUUUUGGCCUGUAUGGUUGCUGCUGCUGUUGGUGGCUUUGUUGUAUUGCUCUGGUGAUGUGGGAAGCAAGCUGAAUCCUUGUUAGUUCAUUGUAUAGAGCCCUGUUUUAACCAAAACAAACUACCUCUCCCAUUGCACAUGUAUUUUUGGCAUGAUUGUGUUUCAUCUUUUCUUAUUUUAAUACUAAUUCAUUGUAUUUAUUCAUUUUACUUCUCAAAUGCUGGAUUUAUCUCAACACACCUCAAAAUAAGCCUUGAGAUCAAGAGGAAACGGUUGUUACUCCACUUCUGUCUGUCUGUUGGGGGGGGCUGAAACGGCUUGGGGGGGGGGGCUGAAACGGCUCAUCUUUGUAUUAAGUGUUCGACCCAUUCAUGCUAACUGGGAUUGAACAGCUUGUGAUCCAGGGUAUUUUGACAUCACUUCCACGCUAGAGGCCUCAGUUAGCAUAAGUUAGCGAUCUGCAUAGUGUGUGUAUGAUGUCGUAGUGUCAAGAUUGAUGGAUUUUAUUAUGAACUGCUUAUCAUGUUUAUAUCCUGUCUUGAAGGUUUCGAUGUCUGCUUUGCAGCCAGCUGCUCAGUCACCGGCUCGGUCUGCCCUCAGCUCUGUGUUCUACUGCCCCUUUUAGCUCAUGGUUCUGCAAUCCAGGGCUUUUUUGUAUCACGUGGAUGUAAAGGACACAGCCCCAUGGUAGCACAGUGCUUUACCAACUAAGCAUACCGUUUUAAAUGGGUUUCUGUAAAGGAUUCAAUGAAAACGUGUGUGUGUGUGUGUCAGUUUUUUUGUGGUGAUGGUUGAUGAGGCUGUGCAGUUAUCUACCUACGUUCUUGAGAAGCGUGGAAUUUUUUCUUUAUGAUCGAGAGAGAUGAGGAAAGAUUGAGUAAUCGCAUGAAUGUUGCGCACUGUUUUGGAAUCUUUUUCUUUUUGCUCUGAUUGUCCUCUGCUACCUCUUUUUAAUAUGCGCUUGCUCACAUGCACACGCACGCAUACAGUACUACAAACGCAUACAGUACUACAGUAUGUGCACAGACUCAAUAUGCACAUCUAUUUCACCAGCAGUUUUUGCCAAUUAUGCACUUGUUUGUCUCCUCUGCUCUGGCUUUUGUCUGAAAUCUAUUACUGAUGAUCACUAUAGCAAAUCACCAGUCGUUUAACAUUGAAUGCACAUUAUAGCUCAUUUACCUUGGUGUGCCUAGAAACCAGAGCCUUAUUUUGGGACAAUAAAUAUCAGGGGUUUAUUAACGAAACACAUUUUUAAAAUUCUUAUUUAAGGACAUGUUCAAAUGGCUUUCACAACUCAGUUUUAUUUGAUUAUCAAUCUUUAUGGGUUAGGAGAACAUGCCAUCAGCUCACCCCUACCGGGAAGCACAUUUCAGAUGAGGGUCCACCAGACGCAAAUAUGCUUCACAUCUUUAAAGCUGAGGUGACGCUUUAGUUUCAGGGGUGGGGAUGUACAGAAGGCCAACAUAACACGUCUAUAUACACUGUCUCACCUGACAGGUUUUAGUCCAUUCAUGUCGACUGCAUUGCUCUGUGGAGAGGAUUUGGUUGAGUAUAUUUGUGUGAAAUAUAACAGAUGGACAUUUUUAACUCUUAUUAUAUUCAGUGCCGUGCUAUGCUAAUGUAGUUGUUAUUAGGUUAGUUAUUAUAUUCAGUGCUGUGCUAUGCUAAUGUAGUUGUUAUUAGGUUAGUUAUUAUAUCCAGUGCUGUGCUAUGCUAAUGUAGUUGUUAUUAGGUUAGUUAUUAUAUUCAGUGCUGUGCUAUGCUAAUGUAGUUGUUAUUAGGUUAGUUAUUAUAUCCAGUGCUGUGCUAUGCUAAUGUAGUUGUUAUUAGGUUAGUUAUUAUAUCCAGUGCUAUGCUAAUGUAGUUGUUAUUAGGUUAGUUAUUAUAUUCAGUGCCGUGCUAUGCUAAUGUAGUUGUUAUUAGGUUAGUUAUUAUAUCCAGUGCUGUGCUAUGCUAAUGUAGUUAUUAGGUUAGUUAUUAUAUCCAGUGCUAUGCUAAUGUAGUUGUUAUUAGGUUAGUUAUUAUAUCCAGUGCUGUGCUAUGCUAAUGUAGUUGUUAUUAGGUUAGUUAUUAUAUCCAGUGCUAUGCUAAUGUAGUUGUUAUUAGCUUAGUUAUUAUAUCCAGUGCUAUGCUAAUGUAGUUGUUAUUAGGUUAGUUAUUAUAUCCAGUGCUAUGCUAAUGUAGUUGUUAUUAGGUUAGUUAUUAUAUCCAGUGCUGUGCUAUGCUAAUGUAGUUGUUAUUAGGUUAGUUAUUAUGUCCAGUGCCGUGCUAUGCUAAUGUAGUUGUUAUUAGGUUAGUUAUUAUGUCCAGUGCUAUGCUAAUGUAGUUGUUAUUAGGGCCUAUGUUUUCUCCUGCCUAACGGAUGUAGCAUAGCGGUUAAGAGUGUUGAGCAAGUAACUGAAAGGUCACUGGUUCGAAUCCCAGAGCCGACUAGGUGAAAAAUCUGUGCCCUUGAGCAAGGCACUUAACCCUAAUUGCUCCUGUAAGUCGCUCUAGAUAAGAACAUCUGAUAAAUGACUACAAUGUACAUGUCGGGAAAUAUUACUGGAAUGGAAGGAGGUGUGAGCUGUUAUGAACUGGACUUUAUUCCUGUUGGAGGACAGUACAUAGUUGUUAGCAAGGAGUGUGUAUCUUUGAGUUUUCUGUAUGUUGGUUUUUAAUCCCCACUGCUGUCCUUGAUACAUUUUCUUAGUUCAAUAUUAUUGUAUUUAGUUGAUGAUGAAGCAUCAGUUGUUCUUGUGACUGGUCCAAAAACACAACAUACACUGGUGUACUUUGUUGGACAUUUUUUGUUGACGGUCUUCUGGUAGCCAGACCAUUUCUCAUUUAGUAAUCAAUCAUUGUAAUUAAUCUCAAAGUCCCAAGAUAAGUAAUUUUUUAUACAUGCACACCAUGUCAUUCUCAUGACUCAAUGCUUCACACGGUCUUUCAACGAUCUUGGUGUUUGUUAAUGAUAUCAAUGCUCUAGUUGAUAGUAAAACCAUUGUCUUUGUUCAAUCGCCGGCUGUUUUUGUGUUUCUCUUAUUCUUCUGAAGUUGAUCCAUUGUACAUUGAUUUAUGUGCAUUGUAUGUAGUAUAUAAUGUUUUGAAAAAUCACAAAUAAACCUCUGUACAUAUUGAUGCAAAAA